GACAUUUUCCCGGGUCUCUCGGCAUUCAGAUACGACAACUUCCUCACAUUGGAAACGAAUGAGGGUUCAGAGUUGUGGCGCAGCUCGGCGCAACCAAUCCGGUGGCGUCGACUUGACGUCUGAGGCUUUGUCUCGAGUCGACUUGUCUGACAUGGCGAAGAGGACUCCAAUUUCGCAAACCGAAUGCUCAGAAAUCCCUCUGCGCGGUGAUUGCUAAUCGGGAUAUGUGAAUGUUGGGAGCGCUUUCCUUGGGCCGAAAAGUCAGAGACAACCUGCCAAGUGGUUUGGCGCCGGGGAACAGGAGAGCCAAGGGUGGCGCAGCGGAACCCUCGCCAAUCCCGACCACGUAAUGAGAGGCGAGGCCUGUGGCGCGCAAGGGGGCCAUGUGAGACCGCGACGUGAGUUUGGCCCCGGAUUCAACUUAGCUUUCUCGUCUUUAUCUUCCACUUCUUUCUCUCCUUCCAUCGAACGAACCGCAUUCUGUCCUUUUUCGCGAAUAUCUCAUCCCUCUAAUCCAUCUCUUGCUAUCGUGCGCGCUCGAGCAAACCGCCCACGUCGACUCAAUCCACCGAAAACACAUCACGAUGGCCUACAAGCAAGACGAACCUCCGUCCUACGGACAGCCUCCCGCCGCCCCGCCCUCUGCGUAUGGUGGUCAACAAGAUCCAUACCAGGGCCAGCAACAGCAGGGCUACUACCAGCAAGGGCCUCCCCAGAUGGGAUACCAGCAACAAGGCUACCCUCCUCAACAGCAAGGCUACCCUCCUCAGCAAGGCUAUCCUCCCCAGCAGGGCGGUUAUCCUCCUCAGCAGGGCUAUCCUCCUCAGCAAGGCGGUCCUCCCCAAGGAUACUACCCUCCUCAGCAGGGUGGCGAUUCGAAAUCCGGCGGCCUCAUGACUGGUCUGCUGGCCGGUCUGGCAUGCUGCUGCUGUCUGGACUGCCUCUUCUAGACGCCAAAUACAUCGAGACCGGAGGAUGGUGAUGCAACCACGUGUAGUUUGUCGGGCUCACCCGGUCGCGGCCUCUCAACUGGAUACCGGCGAUAUAUUGCGAGGAGAAAAGGGAUUUGAGGACGAUGCGCAGCAUGGCGCAUGAUGGGACAAGUUUCUGCAGUGGACGUUCGACAUGACUUUGGAACU